UGGGAUUAACUCUUCCGUCAUUACUUGUUGAUAACACACAAUGGCGCUUCAUUAUUCGAUAUGCUUUGGCAUAAUGGUCACAGAGAUCGUGAUCUUUGGCGUUUUGAUCCUUCCCCUUCCUAAACACUGGCGUCGUCAGCUCGUCAAGUUUGUGUCCACGUCUCCGAUGGUCGCCAAGGCUAUCCAUAUUCUUAAGAUCGUAUUUGUGUUCGUGUUUGUAUUGUUCAUCGACGCAAUCAACCGUCUGCAACGACCUGGCGGUCUAGAUGAUCAGUCUGCAGCUGGCGCUCAUAUGAUGCAUGAUAUGCGUUCUGGAGCUGCCCUUGCGGCUCGUAAAUUUUACGCUCAGCGCAACCUUUAUUUGACUGGUUUUACUCUUUUCUUGUCUCUCAUCCUUAGCCGUACUCAUCAACUUCUGCUCGAGCUGUCGGCAGCAGAGGAGGCUUUGGAAGCAAAUGGCCAGGUUACGAACGGCGCAGAGUCAAAAACACUUCGUGAUGAGAUCGCAGAAUUAAAGAAGAAGCACUUGGACUACGAUACGCUGAAAAAGCAGGCGGCUCAACAAAACAAGGAAUUUGACCGAUUGGCUGACGAGCAUAAUGCUUUGGAAGAGAAAUCGAGAGUAGGCAUCAAGGAGACCAGGAAGGAGUUGUAAUACACAAAGGAUGAGAAUAGCUUUUAUACACUUGUGGACUUGCAGCACUUCCAAAUCAAUCAUAUUAAGCAUAUAAAAACAUUUGAAACCGAAACCAAUAUAUGGGUCUAAAUAUGAACGUCUAGCCGGCUUAUGCUACUCUGUUAUAGAAGUUGUUGCGCUUAAGUUCCAAAGCUUUCAAGUAUGGCGCACUAAUGGGUGGUUGUAAUGGAUCCAAUGACUUGUAUUCCCCGUUUUCCUUCGUCUAUUACAAAUAU